CUUCCCACCAGUCGCGGGAAGGAUUCCGUGUUGAAAGGCAACACGAUGAAUUGGUCACAAGAAAAAACCAUAGAAUUCAUAGAAGAGUAUAGAAAACUUUCAGUUCUGUGGGAUGUACGCUUGCAAGAGUACAAGAAUAAUCAGGCUAAAUUAGAUGCACUGCGGGGAUUAGCUGAGAAAUACAAUUGUGACGUGGAGAUGCUGAAGAAAAAGAUCAAGAAUUUGCGUACAGCUUUUCGCCGGGAACAUAAACGCCUAACCCAAAAAAAAUCUGGAUCUUCUCCCAUCAAGACAGGCAAGUGGUUUGCUUAUGAACUGCUUUUGUUCCUCCUGGACGUGGACACCCCAAGGCCUGGCUACUCAUCUCAAGCUGAACCUCAGACUGAGCAAUCACCAUGCAUUGAGGAUGAACCUGGAGGGGAUGAUCCUACUGAAACACUGGGAACGUCAUCGACUCUGAAUGCAGAAGCUCCUGAAGCUUCACAGGAAGCUGAGAAAGGCGACAGUAAUGACGAUGGCAAAGAGGCAAGCAACAAAAGAAGAGGACAGAGCUGGAAAAGAAAAACUGUUGAUGAUGAACGAGCUGAAGAGGCAUACCAGAUUUUGAAAGAUAGUGUGAAAAGGGAUGACUGUUCUAUUUAUGCUGAACAUGUUGCAUGUGAAAUUCGGAAACUUGAUCCAAAGGCCCAGGCAAUUGUGAAACACUUAAUUAACAACAUCUUAUUCGAAGCUGCUAUGGGGAAAUACGACAGUGGUGAUCGCUCUCAUCGAUUUGGUUUGCCUCCAGCGCAUCCUUUUCAUACCAGUGCCUCUUCAUCCCAUCAUAACCCCAUUGCCUCUGAUUCUUCUGCCUCUACUCCCCGCCACUCUUUCUACAGUGACUCCUCUACCCCUGACUAUGACCAUGGGGCAUCAACAUCAAUCUCGAAAUCGCCAUCAAUAUUUGCUCAACUAGGAAAUCAGUCACACCAAGAAUCUGUUGUAACACCAGCUUCACAAGGAUUUGUUGCUCAGUCAGAUAAUGAAUAUCAUCCACAUUUUGUUCAGACAGAUAAAGAACCUGAGCAACACCAUAAUGAAACAGACGUGGAUGGGUCCUUGAAAUCACUGGAUAUUUUGGGAAAUAUUUCAGAAUUUGUAGAAUAAACCAUAUGUAUUAAUCUUUUUUUUUUAAUCUUAAGUUGCUAUUUUAGUUUCUCUGCUGAAGGAAAUGUUCAUGUGUUACAUGAUUUUCUCAGUAUGGAUAGAAUAUGCAAUCUGUUUUUUUUUUUUCUUUAGAAAGGAGUGGAUGUAGUUUUCAAGAAUAAUCUUUCUGUUUUGUACAUGCUGCAAGUUGCUUUCUGUUAUCCAUUAUGAAAUGUACAUGUCAAUACACUUGACAUGAAUAUGUUUCUGAAUAUUGUUGGGAUGAAUAAAUUUCAUAAGUUAAUUCACAAC